CCUCAAGAGCAUUUGGGCUCAGCACUCGCACCGGGACCGCGCGUGCUCCAUACAUUCUCAGGGGCCAGCGCGGCGCCUGCCUCUACGAACUCGCGCGGGGGCAGCGCUCGGCGGCUCUUUGCAAGAUGCUCCUGACCCAGUGUGCCUCAUGCGCAAGACCCAUCUCGCAUACGGCGCCGCGCUGCGCUCGUUGCCACACGCGCUACUGUGGACCCACCUGCCAGAAAGAGCACUGGGAAGGGGGCGGCCACUCGGUGCUGUGCAAAAAAAUCAAGCGCCGCGGCGGAGCCGAACAAUACCAUGCCGACAAAAAAUGUGAGGAAGCGAUCGCGGUCGCGGCGGAGGCGUGCGCCAAGGACACCGCGGGUCAGACGUGCUACAUAUGCACGCAGGCCGUUCACUGGAAGACGAAGGAGGGUCUCGUGCGCAUGUGUGCGUGCCGUGGGACUUCGGGCUUCGCGCACGUGUCGUGCCUGGCGGAGCAAGCGAAGAUUUUGAACGACGAGGCCGAGGCGAACCGUUUGGGCGACAAGGCGCAGAUUGAGUCGUGGAUGCGAUGGCAAGGAUGCAGCCUGUGCGAACAGCAGUACGUCGGUGUCGUGCGGUGCGCGCUCGGGUGGGCGUGCUGGAAGACCUACGCGAACCGAAAUGGGCAAACCCAAAGGCAUUGGAAAGCGAUGGCGCAGCUCGCGAUCGGUCUGAAACAAGCCGGGCUCUACAACGAAGCGGCUCCGAUAUAUGAAUCACUAUUGGCCUUUCAGCUGCAACACCCAAACCUGGAAGAAAACGUUUACACCACGCAGAGCUGGCUCGCGAACUGCUACAUGCAUCUCGGCCGGUUAGAAGAGAGUCUCGAAUUGAACCAAAAGGCGCGCGACGGCUGUGCGAAAUUAUAUGGUCCAUCAAGCGAACGUACGCUUCAGAUGAUUGAGUCCAUGUCAACUAUACUUGUGCAAUUAGAUCGCCACGCCGAGGCAAAAUCACUUCUGCAAACUGCCAUCCCCGUGGCUGUGCGCAAUUGUCGUCCCAACUCUGAUACUCUGCUACUUCUCCGCCAUGUUCUUGCCGUCGCCAUCUCGGGCCUUCCAAUGGGUAAGUCAAGUCGCGGCGGCCCGCCGGCGGGCAGCCUCGAGCGGCGCUGCGCCGAUGUGCGCGAGGCGGAGAGGAUCAUCGGCGACGUCGUCAACAAGUCCCGGCAGCUCCUCGGCGGCGCUCACAAGUUCACCAAGAUGUUUGAAAAUACCGCGUCGAAUAUCCGAAACUUCCUUGGUAUUUGUGAGAUGCUCAAGGCCCAAGGCUAUCGCUGAGAGUAGACGCGCGGCCGGAAGUAACCCUACCCCCUGUGCUCCUGUGCGAGUGACUAAGAAGAAGAAGACACAUUCCGGAGCUGGCGUACCGAAAACUAGGCUGGCAUUCGCCAGGACGCCAUCGACGAGAGCACGGUAAAAACUGAAUUUAAUAGGAUACAAGGGUUGUCG